CUUUUCCUUUACAGGAUUACAACAGCUGCGCCUUCAGAGAACAGAAGACAAGUGGAAACACCAGCCCCGUCCCCUGUAGCAGCAAUCAGUGCAGCUGAAGAAAAAAGCCAAGAAGAAAAACCAGCCCAGGCUGAAGAGAAGGUCCAAGUUGAAGCGAAGGUCCAAGUUGAAGAGAAGGUCCCAGUUGAAGAGAAGGUUCCAGUUGAAGAGAAGGUUCCAGUUGAAGAGAAGGUCCCAGUUGAAGAGAAGGUUCCAGUUGAAGAGAAGGUCCCAGUUGAAGUGAAGGUCCCAGUUGAAGUGAAGGUUCCAGCUGAAGAUGAAAGUCGACCACCAGAGAAAGAGACAACAGAACAGAACGAUGUAAAAAAUAAAAUUGAAGAGAAAGUGGAAGAAGUGACCAAAGAACCAAAUAAAAUCACUAUGGGGAAAAGUACUGAUGUUCUAGAUAAAAAGCGAAAAGAAACUGAAGUUAAAGCUGCAGAGGAAGUAAACGUGCCUUCAGAAAACAUUGGUGCAACAUCGUCCCAGCCUCCAGCUCGUCAGAGAAAAGGACCAAAAUUCAAACAAAGAGGGUCGAAGGAAUUCAAAAGCAAACCGCCCAAGAAAGGAGUGAUCGGAUUUGAAGAAAUCCCUGGAAUGGAGGGCUUGGGCCAAGAUAUCACCGUCGUUUGCCCCUGGGAAGCGUACAGCCAUCUUGAGUUGCACGAACUUGCGCAAUAUGGAAUUAUUUGAAGAUUACGGUUUUUCUACGGUUUUUUUGUAUAUAUGUUUUUUAUCUAAGGAGCCUUCUCUGCAAUUUAGAAGUUGCAUCAUUACAGAGUGGAUAAAAGUAGCCAGAGAAAUGAAGGAAGGGAAUGACUACCAUUGCUGGAGGAGAGUUCAUGGCAAGAGUCUAAGGUUGUUUUUUUUUUUAUAUAAAUAUCCAUGAAAAUGUAUGAGAGGUCAAUUUAGUUGCCGGGGCUUCCUUGCCCCAGUGUCGAGGCUGCAGAUACAAUAUCAGCUGUGAUUGGUCAGUCGCAGGCCUUGGGCGAUGGUUAAGAACCAUGUAGAUGCUGUAUAGAUGAGAGGUUUGCUGUAGCUACUGGAGGAAGCAGGCAGUAGAUCUAGGUCUUGGUCUAGAACUCUAUGAAAAACAGCAAUUUGUUGUUGGAAGACUGGGGUCCAAUCACGAGGGUUGCUUUAUCAGUUAAAGCAAAUGGUGGGUUGUAAUGGAUAUUAACCAUGUCCUGAAGAGUUACAACGCUAUGCUGGGGGCGCUGGGACUUUAAACAGAUCAUGGGCAACACAUCAAGUAUUUCCAGUCAACUUUGGGAAAUGAGGCUCCUACCCACAUCGUGUUCCUUCAACACGGAACCCAAUAAUAUUUCUCUAGUGUUCUUUUCUAUACAAUGUAUUCAAUGCCCUUAAUUUACUAAUCUUUUGGGUCAGGGGAGGAAUAUAUAGUAAGGAUAUUGGGGUUAUUUUGUAUAUGUCGGCAUAUGCUGUAGGGUUCUGUGUUGUCUUUCUUGUGUCGUCAGAUUGUUCUGUAGAAUUUUCAAUACUGACCUUUAGAAUGUUUUUGAAUGUUCUAGAAUGGAAAACUUCUUAAUAAAAAAAGCAAAAAUUGUGUUUCUUGAAUACGUU